AUGUUUCGAUUGACUGCGGCGAUAUCAGUUGUACAUAAGUGUACCCGAGAUGAUCUGACAGCUCCUCGUCAUCUGGAAAUCACUCAUGAAGGACAGUAUUCACUUGCUAUUAAAUGGGAUGCACCCGAAUGCGGUUCUAUUGGAGAAUAUCAGGUGGAAUUGAUCGGAGAAGAGGUUCCAUUUGAUGUGCAUCGACAAACUGUCACACAACCACAUGUUUCCGUCACCAACCUUCUGCCCGCAACCAACUAUAACAUCAAAAUCCGAGCCGUGGACCGUCAACGCAAGAUUGGCCCAUGGAACUCCGAUGUCAUGCAGGCCAGGACCCAAGGCGAAAGUGUUCCCGUAUCGAACGACAUUCGCCUCGUAUACCGAACCGACAGCGACUUACAUUUUUCGUGGGCUCCGAUCACUGACGAACGGGCUCAGCACUAUGAGGUGACGGCUGUUGAAUUGCUGCCAGAAUCGCGACGUGUGGAAAGAGCUCGUGUUCCCCCUUAUGUAUCUGGUCACACUCUAGCAGGACUGCUACCCAGUACCAAGUACAUCAUUGGAGUCAUCGCUUUCGUCGAUCAUGAACCCAAACUGGUGUACCAUCUGGAAGCAGAAACCGCAGGGGAACCUGGAGAAAUCUGGAGAGAGAAACCUCAGAUUGUCGAUGAGAGUGGGAAAUUCUCAGUGCACUUCCAUCGACCACCGACGGCGAAGCCCAUCAGCAAAUUCCUGGUCGAGUACAGACUGCCAAACGAGACCUUCUGGAGAACCGUGGACCAUGCGGAAGAAUAUGAAAGCGACGACACAUACAGCGUAACUCUACCAGUUAUUCCCGGGGUUUCGGUAUUCACAAUCCGCCUUUGUGGGAUCGGAGCAGAUCACGAACUGAUCGGAAGGACCGAAGAAGUCACUCUGGGCGAAGCUGCUGCCAAUGCUUGCGUUGGCACUGCGGGAAUACCCGAAGAG